ACAGUUGAGAUCCAGAGAUUGGCAGUAACAUUAUCUGUGACAAUCAGAAGUUUCUUGCUGAGCAGAAGACCUGUAUAAAAGUCGUACCUGAAGGGUCUGCAGAGCUGUUCUUCAGUUCCCUCACGUUUAUUCACCACUGACACAGCGUUGCUGCUGGUAUAGCUGAAGGAGGAUCUCAUCCGAAGUCAUCAUCUGUGAAGAUGAUGUCUGCCAAAGACAUGGCUAAAGUCAUAAUUGUCAUGCUUGCAAUUUGUUUUCUUACAAAAACAGAUGGAAAACCCAUUGAGAAGAGAGCUGUGAGUGAGAUACAGCUUAUGCACAACAUGAGCAAACAUCUGGCCACAAAGGCAAGGCUGGAUUGGCUGCUUAAGAAGCUACAAGACGUGCAUGAUUUUAUUAGCCUUGGAGACGCACUCACUGCCAAAGAAGGGGGUGCUCUGAGGUCCUCCAAGAAAGAGGACAAUGUCCUUAUUGACAUCUAUCAAAAAAGUCUUGGAGAACCAGACAAAGCUGACGUGGAUGUGUUAGCUAAAGCUAAAUCCCAGUGAAUAAAGAUGUGAUUAAGGUGCUGCUCUGGAUAGUGCAGGGAACCAACACUAAAUGCUGCUUACUUUUCUAACCUCUAAGACUAUCAAGUGCCAAUAUUUCUAUUAUUGCCAAAAUUUGCAUGUAAUUCAUUGUUAGACAUAAUGGCUGCAAUUUUCAUUGACUUCUUUAUUUCACUUGUAUUCGUUUAAGAGCUCUUUAUCUACCUUUAUUGUUUAUUCUUUUUAAAGUAUGUGGUUACAUAACUCAUAAAAGAAUAAAUUACAUAUUUUCACCUCUCUAUCAUUAUAAUGCGAAAUAAAAUUCAAUGGUCAUCAAUCUAA